AUGGAGACGCUGCAUAUCUUCACAUUCUUGCUGUUCUGUGUCGGCGCCAUUGUGUUCGUCAGCGCGGCCAUCUACUUUCUUCAAGGGCUGGAAGAGCCCGACGACGACAACGACACUAUGAGUGGCAAAAACUCGUCCGGCAUGAAAAACGUCCCAGACCAACGCGGCACUGGUGGUGGAGCCUCCCACUACGAAGCCGACCACGCCGAUGCCUACUACGCCGAAACGUACCACGCCGAUGCCUACUACGCCGAUGCCUACUACGCCGAAACGUACCAUGCCAAAGCCUACUACGCGGACAACUACCUCAUCAACGCGUACGACGCUGAAGGCCACCACAGUGCAGCGUACCACGCCGAAGCCUACCACGCCGAAACCUAUGACGCUGAAGCCUACCACGCUGAAGCCUACCACGCCAAAGUCUACCACGCUGAAGCCUACCAUGCCGAAACCUACAACGGCGAAGUCUACCACGCCAAAGCUGAAGCCUACUACACUGAAGCCUACCACGCUGAAACCUACCACACGGAAACGUGCCAUGACGACUAA